AUGGGAAGGCGAGCAUCAUCUACAAAGAUGCCAGGGCCGUCUGGUCCAGAAUCUGGCGCUGUCCAGUCGAAGGGACCUUCAUCGAACUCAACUCCUUUCACCACACGCAGUUCCACGAGACUCACCCGCGCCUCGUCAAAUUUGGCCUCCGCAAACCGCGAAUCUGUCGAAAAGGACACAAUGAAGAAAGAUGAAAACUAUGAACUUGACGACAGGCCGACAGCUCCUUUGACUGCGGUGGAGGUUGCAAUCCCGGUCAAAAAAGAAUCUCCUUCCAAUGGAUCGUCUACCUCUCCGUCAGUCGAGAUUACUUCGCGAGACGUCAGUCUUUACGGUACUCCAGCAACAAGUGUUGCCGCUACCCCUGUCGAAUCGGACCGCAACCAGCCUAGAAAAAGAGUAAAUGCCUCUGCUCGUCUUCAAGAACUCCGUGCGAGCACUUAUUCGAUGACUAGUUCUUCUACAGGACGGAAAAGGGGGGCCGCAGCUUUGUCCGCAGACGAGUCAACAACUGAGUCUUCAGAUGCUGCUUUGGCGCGUGCGCUGCAGCUCGAAGAGUAUGAAGGGACUGAAACAAAGCGCCAGAGACUCUCUUCUGGCGGCAGCAAACGUAUCCUGGAGAUUCAAGAUUCUACCGACGACGAUGAUGCCAUGCUGACGGAGCUCGAUUCCUUGAGUGAUGCAGAGGAGCCCAUUAGGCAGCCAUCACCCCAUCGCGAGACCAGAAAAUCAAUUCAGCAUAAGGGGAUUGUUCCAGGUACUGAUGAGUCUUCUCUAUCAGACCUCGAUUCCUCCAAUGCUCGACUUGUGGAUGACCUUGACGACUCAAUGGAUGAGGUCCUGUAUGAAGACUCCUCCGAUGAGAGCAUCAGCGAUUAUGUGUCCUCUCCAUCUGAUGUUGACGGAGACCUUCCAAUGCCACAAAGAGGCACUGGCAGUGCACGACGCGGUGCCAGACGUGUCCAGUCCUUAGCUCCCCCUCGUCGAGACCCUCUUCCCUAUGGGAUGAGCCGUCGUGCUAUAAGGGAGCGCAGAAAGCUCGAGAGACAGCAUCCAUCUAUCGUAACCAUGUGGGACGAUUUGAAGAAACAACCUACCAUCACGCCUGUGGCGGCAGAACAGCCUGCUGGAAUCACCCGGAAGCUCAAGUCGUUCCAACUUGAAGGUUUGAACUGGAUGAUGCGGCAGGAGAAAACACAGUACAAAGGGGGAUUAUUGGGCGAUGAGAUGGGAAUGGGGAAGACUAUCCAAGCUGUUUCCUUACUUAUGUCCGAUUAUCCUGUGGGCAAGCCAUCAUUAGUCGUCGUGCCUCCGGUGGCCCUGAUGCAGUGGCAGUCCGAGAUCAAGGAAUAUACGGAUGGCAAACUUAAGGUCCUUGUAUAUCACAACUCGAAUCCGAAAGUAAAGCGCCUGAAGAAGAAAGACCUCGAGGCUUACGAUGUAAUCAUGAUAUCCUAUUCGGGUCUCGAGUCAAUGUAUCGCAAGGAGCUCAAAGGUUGGAACCGCGAUGAUGGCAUUGUCAAAGAAGAUAGUGUGAUCCAUUCGAUCCAUUUCCAUCGCCUGAUUCUUGAUGAAGCGCAUAACAUUAAGCAACGCACAACAAGCGUCGCGCGUGCAUGCUUCGCCUUGAAGGCCACCUACAAGUGGUGCCUGUCUGGUACACCGGUGCAAAAUCGGAUCGGAGAGUUCUUCUCCCUUUUACGCUUUCUCGAAGUUCGACCUUUUGCAUGUUACUUCUGUAAGAUGUGCCAGUGUCAGCAGCUCCAUUGGUCCCAGGAUAGGGAGAAGAGAUGCACCCAUUGCAAACACAGCGGAUUUAGUCAUGUCUCGAUUUUCAACCAGGAGAUCCUUAACCCUAUCACCGAAAGGAAUAACCCUAAUGCGCGCAAGGAUGCUCUGGAUAAGCUUCGCCUCAUCACCGAUAGAAUCAUGCUUAGACGGAUGAAGAAAGAUCACAUCUCAUCUAUGGAGCUUCCACCAAAGCGCGAGAUCGAGCGUGACUUUUCCACCAGCAUCAUGACGAACUCCACUCGGCAAUUCGAUACAUAUGUUAGUCGAGGCGUCAUGUUGAACAACUACGCCAAUAUUUUCGGUCUUAUUAUGCAGAUGCGCCAGGUGGCAAAUCACCCUGACUUGAUCCUGAAGAAACAUGCCGAAGGUGGUCAGAAUGUACUUGUCUGCAGUAUCUGUGAUGAGCCCGCGGAGGAACCCAUCCGAUCUCGGUGUCAUCAUGAGUUUUGCCGCCAGUGCGCAAAGGAUUACGUGCGAUCAUUUGAUGCGGACACUGUUGUCGACUGCCCAAGAUGCCACAUUCCGCUGUCGAUCGACUUUGAGCAGCCCGACAUUGAACAAGAAGAGGAGGCUGUCAAGAAAAACUCGAUCAUCAAUCGAAUUCGAAUGGAAGACUGGACAUCUUCGACAAAGAUUGAAAUGCUCGUCUAUGAUCUAUACAAACUCAGAAGCAAGAAGCAGACCCACAAAUCCAUCGUCUUCUCUCAGUUUACGUCCAUGUUGCAGCUCGUCGAGUGGCGCCUGCGCCGAGCCGGGUUUAAUACCGUCAUGCUUGAUGGUAGCAUGACCCCGGCACAGCGCCAAAAUUCUAUCGAGCAUUUUAUGAAGAAUGUGAAUGUUGAGGUGUUCCUCGUCUCCCUCAAAGCAGGCGGUGUGGCUCUGAACUUAACGGAGGCAUCCCGAGUCUUCAUUGUCGACCCAGUUACUCACCGUUCUCCUUUCAGGUGGUGGAAUCCUGCCGCAGAAUGGCAAAGCGCCGAUCGAUGCCACCGCAUUGGGCAACGGCGGCCUUGUGUGAUUACUCGACUUGUUAUUGAGGACUCUGUGGAGUCUCGUAUAGUUCUGCUCCAGGAGAAGAAGGCGAACAUGAUCAAGGGCACAAUCAACAAGGAUCAGGGAGAAGCGUUGGAAAAACUGACUCCGGAGGACAUGCAAUUCUUGUUCCGUGGAUCAUAA